CACUGGCUUUUCGCUUUUGCUAAAUCGAAGUCACAGUGCUCGACCGUGGGCCGCCGCUAACUUCCGUCCGCUUGAGGGUCGGCUCCCUCCCUUGAGCUCGCUAACUGCGCCACUAAUUAUGACGUCACGGCCAGCGGCGGCCAGGCCCCGAAGGCGCUCUAGCCCGCCAAGCGCGCUCGCUGCCCCGCGCCUCGGACCCGACGCUCCAUCCCGCGGCUGUGAGCCGCCCCUGGCCGCUCUGCGUCCCUGCGCGCUCCGUUCCCUGCUCAAGCCUAGCACUCCAACGCUGCGGUGAGGCGAAUCGGUGAGAGGAGGACUCGGGUAAUUACGCCUGGGACGCGAUGGGGAGCCGCUUCCGAGGCAGGACUCCUGCGCCUCACUAAUGAACCUUUCUCAGUUCCCAUCCACCAUGGAGCUGGCCCGCCCCUGCUCCAACUUUCAGUCAGACUUGGAUUUCUGCCCAGAUUGUGGCUCGGUCCUGCCGCUGCCUGGAGCUCAGGAUGCUGUCAUCUGCCCACGCUGCGGCUUCUCCAUCGAUGUGCGAGAUUUCGAAGGGAAGGUAGUGAAGACCUCAGUUGUGUUCCACAAACUGGGGACGGUCAUACCUAUGUCUGUGGACGAAGGACCUGAAUCCCAGGGACCAGUGGUUGACAGGCGCUGCCCUCGAUGCGGUCACGAGGGAAUGGCAUACCACACUAGACAGAUGCGCUCAGCUGAUGAAGGACAGACUGUCUUCUAUACCUGUAUUAACUGCAAUGCAAGGAUUACAGGCAUGUGCCCCCACAGCUGUUUCUUAUGUUGCUGAGGCUCCAACUCAGAACUUCAUGGCAGCUACAUUUCAGGAAAAGGAGGAUUCUUGACCUUUUUUCUGGCAACUCAGCAACAAUACUUCUUUCUUGGAAGGUGAAGACACUGGUCCUUUGAUGCCUGCUCUGUCCUCUCUGGCUACAGUGCUUUGUCCUCAGAAUAAAGUCACUGCUCCCAGAAUACUCCUUCCCCUACUUGAAUUUACUAAAGGUCUAUUUUCUAUGAAACCUUGA